AUGGCAGCAAUUGCUGCUCUCCGUAUUUCACAAGGUUUCAAUCCCGAGAUGCAUCUUCAGCAGCAGCAGAUGGAAAAACUUGCUGGGCUUGCACAGCUUUAUCACGUCAAACUUGUUCUUGAGAUGCGCCUCAUGACGUACCUUGCUCUUUUGGCCAUCGCCACCGUGGUAGUGACCGGCCAGUUAGCAUCCGAUUUGGAUGAUGAUGAUGACAUACCAGACCCGAACGACGUGGCCGACGCGGCUAACGCUGAAUUCGGUACGGUGCCCGGCAAUUCGACCAAAAAUGAUGGCAGAGCGAAGAACGUAGCAGGGAUCCCCACGGAAUCUACCAACGAAAAGAUGUCCGGUGCCAUCUCGGACAGCAUUUCAAACGAGGUCGUCGAGACGGAAAUCGGCUCGUACACGGACGACUUGGCCUCAGAAGCCUCAGACCGAAUGGAUGAUUCAACCUCCGAACCCACUGCGUCGUCGGCAUCUACGCCAGUGACGUCUGGCAUUGUUCUGGCUUCGGUGGCUGUCAUCGCCAUCAUCAAUCUCUUUAUCUAG